AUGGCAGACACGGAUGAGGAGAUUGAGUUACAAUCGGCGUCUAUAGCUACAUACUUUGUUCAACAUUAUUAUACAACAUAUAUUGAAAAGACACCUUGUAUGAAUUCUUCUCAAACUGGUCAUAUGUGGUUGAUGGAAAUAUUAAAAGGAAAUGAAAGUAGAUGUUAUAUCAUGUUUAGGAUGGAGAAAGAUGUUUUCAUUAAAUUAUGCGAUGAAUUGGAAGCUAAUUAUGGAUUUAAGGGUUCAAAGAGAAUGUGUGUUCUUGAGAUAUUAGGCAUGUUUUUAUUUACAUUAGGUCACGGUGCUGGAAACCGAUUAACACAAGAGCGAUUCCAACACUCAGGCGAGACAGUUAGUCGAUAUUUCAACAAGAACUGUAUUGGUGCAAUAGACGGUGUACAUGUGAAUGCUGUAAUUCCACCUGAAGAUCAAGUACCAUUUGUUGGUAGAAAAGGGAUACCAACUCAGAAUGUCAUGGCAAUAUGUAAUUUUGAUAUGCAAUUUAUAUAUGCAUAUGCUGGGUGGGAAGGUUCUGCUCAUGAUACAAGAAUUUUCUAUACAGCUUUACGUGAUUCAACUUCAAAUUUUCCAAAACCUCCCCAAGGAAAAUAUUAUUUAGUGGAUGCGGGAUACCCACAAAUUACAGGUUUUUUAGGACCAUAUAAAGGCCAAAGAUACCAUCUACCACAAUUUCAACGAGGUAGCAAACCUACUGGUUAUAAAGAGGUAUUCAACCAGGCACAUUCUUCUCUUCGAAGUGUUAUUGAAAGAACUUUUGGAGUAUGGAAGAAAAGAUGGAAAAUAUUAAGAGAUAUGCCUAGUUAUCCAUAUCAGAAGCAAGUGAAAAUAGUGAUUGCAUCAAUGACCUUGCAUAAUUACAUUCGAAGGCAUGCAAAACGUGAUCGACAUUUUGAGAAAAUUAGAGAUAAUCCAUAUUAUUGUGUAGAAGAUCAAACUAAUAUUGAAGAUGAAGAUGAGACAGCUAGAGCUUCAAAUUUAAAUGAAAUGGACAAUACUAGAGAUCUGAUUGCUGCAAGUUUAAUGGGAUAUAAUUAA